AAGUGAUCAUGUCUCGCAACACUCAACUUCCUAGCAGCAAGGAGCACGAGCUCCAAACGGCCAGGGACGAUCAGCCCGUGAUCGAGUUCAAGGUUCUCGAAGGGGAAGGAGCGAAACUUUUCUCUCAACACGACGAUGGGCUGUUUCGAAAUUAGCGGCAUUCCGCCCUGCCGCCGUGGCACUCCCGUCACGGUCGAGGUGUCCUUUCUGGACCCGGGCGUCGUUGAAGUAAAGGCCACGGUUGGAGAUGGGACCUCAGGCAGGUCCAAAUCCCUUAACGUCAAUCAAAACCGACGCCUGGGAGACGCAGAGAUCAAGCGUCUGCGGAUGCUGACUAAGGAUCGGCUAAACGGAAAGCGGGACGGCGGAAGCAAUUCUUGGGAGGCGUUGUCCAGAAGGGGGACGAUUCCAAACGGCGGCCCCCAAAAAGGGAGGCGUGGGGGCGAGUCCCGCGAUCUCGCCGAAAACUCGGAAAAUGGAAGGCGUUAGGAGGAGGGCAGGACUUUAAGCUGCCGUUACAGGCUAUAGAAACCUGACAAUAUCGCAUUUCUGUUGUCAUGUCCCUAGGACGACGGGACGGACGUGAGCAGGUCGCGUAGCGGGCCGUUGGAGGACGUGGCAGAGGAGGCGGCAGAUGGGAGGAGGGAAUAGGAGGCGAAACUGAAGGCGUUAUCUUUAACCAGGUCACCUCACCAACUCAGCCCCUGAGAAUCCCUUCGACCCAGAGCUCCGC